CAUGUCUGAAUCCAACCCCCCAUAUCCACCCCCCUCCCCUCUCUGACCCCCCCCACACCGACCACAACCCCGCAGAAGAAGACACACAAACAGCUCUCCCGCCUCCCACACCCAUCCUCCAGUCCUCGUUGGCCGCGGAGGGUUCCGAGGGCUCUGAGCCAGCCAAUGAGGUGUCGGGAGAGGAAGUGACCGGGGACGACAGAGAUGAGGCUCCUAUUGACCAAUCGGGGGGCGGCGUGGAGGAGCAGGUGACUGAGUGUGGCCAAUUGGUGAGCCUGGAGGCGGAGACCGCUGCUCCCGAGGGGGAGGAAGAGGACUCUCUUCAGGUCAAGGGGAAAGGUUGGGGUGGAUGGGGCUCCUGGGGGAAGUCUCUACUGACCAGCGCCACGUCUACUGUGGGUAACAGUCUAACGUCAGUAAAGGAGAAGGCCGGAGCUCUGCGUCUUCACAGGACCUCAGUAGGAGAGGAGGCGCGAGAGGAGGGAGAGGAGGAGAGGAAGGAGGGAGGAGAGGAAGAGGAGGAUAGCUGUCCUCAGUCAGACCGGGCCACUACUCCACCACCAAGCAGAGGAGUACUGUCUACCAUCACACACGCUGGUAAAUCAGUGAUCAGUGGAGGUCUCGAUGCCUUGGAGUUCAUCGGUAAGAGAACCAUGACGGUUCUGGCAGAGAACGACCCCGGUUUCAGGAAGACCAAGAUACUAAUGCAGAGGACUGUCUCCCUCAGCCAGAUGCUGAAGGAUGCCAAGGAGAAGGAGAGGGCUCGUCUCAGCUGCCAGCCAAUCAGUGAGCCCACAGCUCACUACGGAAUCCUGUUUGAUGACUACCAGGGCCUAUCACAUCUAGAGGCUCUGGAGAUACUGGCCAAUGAGAGUGAGGCUAAGGUUCAGUCGUUCCUCUCCUCCCUGGAAGAGGAGGAUCAGGAGGAGAUAAAGAAAGAACUGAUCGCCAUCAAGGACAUCUUCAUCAGCCACACGGGAGAGGAGGAGGAGGAGAAGGAGAAGGAGGGAGAGGAGAAGGA